UUAACUGCUUUCCCUCAGCAGCCGUUUCUAGGUGGGGUUAGGAGAAGAGUGCCCUGGGCUCAGCCCGGCUGGCACUGCUGCAGCCGAGCUGACGCGCUGACGCACUCUGGUUAACAGAGGACUGUCGUUGCAUCAGACCUACCAAAGGGUUUCCAGCUUUUGUUGUACUUGGAGUAUGAGGUGACAACUUGGAUCCCAGAGUACAUGAUCAGCACACAAGAAGACUGAAACACAGUAUGCAGUGCACAAGCAAAACGUUCAACCAAACAAAACAAAAAUCAAGAACUACGCACACCUGGCAAAUGUGGGCCAUCUACAUGGUCUUAGCUCCAAGCCUCUCUGAAGAACAAGUGCUGAAGCAGGCUUGUCCUUCAUGUGAUGCCACUCAGCUUUGCAACUGCUCUUUCAUGGGCUUGGAUUUCAUUCCGCCAGGGCUCACGGGCAAAAUCACAACAUUAAACCUGGCCCAUAACAGGAUACAGCACAUCCGAUCCCAAGACCUGCAGCAGGCUGUGAACCUGAGAGCCUUGCUGCUGCAGUCCAACAAAAUCAGCUCAAUAGACAAGGAUUCAUUUUGGUCCCUUGGGAAACUGGAGCUCUUGGACUUAUCAAAUAACAGCUUGGCUCACCUGUCCCCUGAGUGGUUUGAGCACCUCUUUUCACUUCAGCACCUCCACCUUCAGGAGAACUCCUACAGAGACCUGGGCGAAAGCUCCCCCUUUUCAAGCCUGAGGAACCUCAGCUCUCUCCACCUGGGCAACCCGUGGUUCUCCACGAUAAGGCAAGGGAACUUUGAGGGCAUUGAGCUUCUCGACAAGUUGUGGAUUGAUGGUGGCGGACUCAGGCAGUACAGGCCAGGAAGUUUGAAAUCAAUUAAGAAGAUAAACCACAUGAUCAUAAACCUAAAAAAUACUAGUUUAUUCUCAGCAAUUGUCAGGGACCUUCUGUACUCUGUCAUUUGGUUAGAAGUGAGAGAAAUCAAAUUAGAGAUUGAAAAAAAAAGCUUGGUGCAGAACUCUACACUUCCUUUUAUGAUACAAAAACUUACAUUUAAACGUGCUUCAUUCACAGAUCAAUAUAUUAGCCUCCUAAUAAUAUUACUGAAGGAAAUCACAACUUUGCAAGAGUUAGAGGCAAUCGAUUGUGUUCUUGAGGGGAAAGGAAAAUGGGAUGUUGAAGCAAUUGCAAGCAGUGGGCAAAGUUUUGUUGAAACAGUAUCAAUAAUAAAUGUAACGAUUCAGAAUUUUUAUUUGUUUUUUGAUCUGGAUGGUAUGGAGUCACAAAUAAACAAACUGAAAAGAUUCACCAUUGCAAGCUCUAGAGUUUUCAUGAUACCAUGCAAACUUGCAAAAAAUUUUUCAUUACUUCUGUAUCUGGACCUUCAUGAUAAUUUGCUUGUAAAUAAUCGCUUAAAUGAGACAAUCUGUGAAGAUGCUUGGCCUUCAUUGCAAACUUUAAAUCUAAGUCAGAACUCUCUAAAAUCUCUGAAACAGACUGCAUAUAUUGUAACUCGCCUGCACAAACUGAUUCAUCUUGACAUUAGCCAAAAUAAUUUUGGUGAUAUUCCAGAUGUGUGUGAAUGGCCAAAAACCCUGAAAUAUCUAAACCUCUCCAGCACUCAAAUUCCUAAGCUAACAACGUGCAUUCCUCCAACGCUGGAAGUUUUGGAUGUUAGUGCUAACAACCUGAAGGAGUUUGGACUGCAACUCCCGUUUCUCAAAGAGCUGUACCUCACAAAAAACCAUUUGAAGACCCUGCCUGGUGCCGCACCCAUUCCUAACUUAGUGGCCAUGUCAGUCAGAAGAAACAAGCUCAACGGUUUCUCCAGGGAAGAGUUUGAGUCCUUCAGGAAAAUGGAGCUGCUGGAUGCCAGUGACAACAACUUCAUCUGCUCCUGUGAAUUCCUCUCCUUCAUCCACCACCAGGCUGGGAUAGCCCAGGUGCUGGUGGGGUGGCCAGACAAGUACAUCUGUGACUCUCCCCUGGCAGUGCGAGGGGUGCAGGUUGGAGCUGUGCACUUGUCCCUGAUGGAGUGCCACAGGUCCCUCAUGGUGUCCUUGCUCUGCACCCUGGUGGUCCUGGUCAUGCUCAUCCUCGUGGCCAUCGGCUACAAGUACCACGCGGUCUGGUACCUGAGAAUGACCUGGGCGUGGCUCCAAGCCAAGCGGAAGCCCAAGCGAGCCCCCCUGAAGGACAUCUGCUACGAUGCUUUUGUCUCCUACAGCGAGCAUGACUCUGACUGGGUGGAAAACAUAAUGGUGCGGGAGCUGGAGCAGGCCUGCCCCCCGUUUCGACUCUGCCUCCAUAAGCGGGACUUUGUGCCCGGGAAGUGGAUUGUGGACAACAUCAUUGACUCCAUAGAGAAGAGCCACAAAACGCUCUUUGUGCUGUCUGAGCACUUUGUGCAGAGCGAGUGGUGCAAAUAUGAGCUGGACUUCUCACACUUCCGUCUCUUUGACGAGAACAACGAUGCAGCAAUUCUCGUCCUCCUGGAGCCCAUCCAGAGCAAAGCGAUUCCCAAGAGGUUCUGCAAGCUGCGGAAGAUCAUGAACACAAAGACCUACCUGGAGUGGCCUCUUGAAGGAGAGCAGCAGGCGAUGUUUUGGGAAAACUUGAAGGGAGCCUUGAAGUCAUAGAAGAAAUUGGCAGUCCCCAUUUCAGUAUAUUUCCACAAAGGAUAUAUGUUGGUGUUUCUUCCUGCUAUAAAAUUUUUCUUUAUUAAUUUUCUGCCUAAGGAGAACUUGCUUUGUUUUGUAUAGAAAUAAUUAUCAUCUUACUAAAUGAGGAAGACCCACUUUAGGCUUUCCAGUGAUCUAAUAGUCUGAUCUUUCAAAAUCCCUGCCAAUAACUGUGGUAUUUGGAAGCCUUGUUGGACUUUAUACACUUUUCUAAAUACAUCUAGCUGAAUGUGGGUAUUUCUGUCCUUUUUCUUCUGUUACCACAUCCCCAACUAGUUCCUAACAAUGUCAUUGUAAUUUACAAAUGAAAAUAAUAACCAA